AUGGGGCAAGAUGUGGAUGAGUGUGCCCAAGGGCUGGAUGACUGCCAUGCUGAUGCCCUGUGUCAGAACACACUCACCUCCUACAAGUGCUUCUGCAAGCCUGGCUACCAAGGGGAGGGCAGGCAGUGUGAGGACAUUGAUGAAUGUGAAAAUGAACUCAACGGAGGCUGUGUCCAUGACUGUUUGAAUAUUCCAGGCAAUUAUCGCUGCACUUGUUUUGAUGGCUUCAUGUUGGCUCAUGAUGGUCAUAAUUGUCUUGAUGUGGACGAAUGCCUGGAGAACAAUGGUGGCUGCCAGCACACCUGUGUCAACGUUAUGGGGAGCUAUGAGUGCCGCUGCAAGGAAGGGUUUUUCCUGAGCGAUAAUCAGCACACGUGCAUUCACCGCUCAGAAGAGGGUCUGAGCUGCAUGAAUAAGAAUCACGGCUGUAGUCACAUCUGCAAGGAAGCCCCAAGGGGCAGUGUGGCCUGCGAGUGUAGGCCUGGUUUUGAGCUGGCCAAGAACCAGAGAGACUGCGUCUUGACCUGUAACCAUGGAAAUGGAGGGUGUCAGCACUCCUGCGAGGAUACGGUUGAAGGCCCCGAGUGUAGCUGCCAUCCACAGUACAAGAUGCUGGCAGAUGGGAGGAGCUGCCUCGAGCUAGAGGACACUGCCCUGGAGGUGACUGACAGCAAUACCACAUCAGUGGUGGAUGGGGAUAAACGGGUGAAACGGCGGCUGCUCAUGGAAACAUGUGCUGUCAACAACGGGGGCUGUGAUCGCACCUGUAAGGAUACUUCCACAGGUGUUCAUUGCAGUUGUCCAGUCGGAUUCACUCUCCAACUGGAUGGGAAGACCUGCAAAGAUAUUGAUGAGUGCCAGACCCGAAAUGGAGGUUGUGAUCAUUUCUGCAAAAACACCGUGGGCAGUUUUGACUGCAGCUGCAAAAAGGGAUUUAAAUUAUUAACAGAUGAGAAGUCUUGCCAAGAUGUGGAUGAAUGCUCUUUGGAUAGGACCUGUGACCAUAGCUGCAUCAACUACCCUGGCACAUUUGCAUGUGCUUGCAGCAAAGGCUACACCCUCUAUGGCUUUACCCACUGUGGAGACACCAACGAGUGCAGUGUCAACAAUGGAGGCUGUGAGCAGCUCUGUGUGAACACAGUGGGCAGCUAUGAAUGCCAGUGCCACUCUGCAUACAAGCUCCACUGGAACCAAAAAGACUGUGUGGAAGUGAAGGGGCUCCUGCCCACUAGUGUAUCACCCCACGUGUCCCUGCAUUGCAGUAAGAGUGGUGGAAGAGACAGGUGCUUCCUCAGAUGUCAUUCUGGCAUUCACCUCUCUUCAGGACUGCAAGAAGCCUACUCUGUCACCUGCGGCUCUUCUUCUCUUCUCAGGAGCAAACAGCAAAAGUCAAAUGACUCUGCUUUUGGGGAUGUCGCCACCGUCAAGACAAGUAUAACCUUUAAGCUAAAUGAAGGCAAGUGUAGUUUGAAAAAGGCUGAGCUGUUUCCCGAGAGUCUACGACCAGCACUACCAGAGAAGCACAGUUCAGUAAAAGAGAGCUUCCGCUACGCAAACCUUACAUGCAGCUCCGGCAAGCAAGUCCUGGGAGCCCCUGGCCGCCCAAGUGCCACUAAGGAAAUGUUUAUCACUGUUGAGUUUGAGCUUGAAACUAACCAAAAGGAGGUGACAGCUUCUUGUGACCUGAGCUGCAUCGUGAAGCGAACAGAGAAGCGGCUCCGGAAAGCCCUCCGCACACUCCGGAAGGCUGUCCACAGGGAGCAGUUCCACCUCCAGCUCUCAGGCAUGGACCUUGAAGUGGCUAAAAAGUCUUCCAGAACAUCUGAGCACCAGGCUGAAUCCUGUGGAGUGGGCCAGGGUCACAUAGAAAACCAAUGUGUCAGUUGCAGGGCUGGGACAUAUUAUGAUGGUACACAAGAACGCUGCAUUUUAUGUCCAAAUGGAACCUUCCAGAAUGAGGAAGGACAAAUCACUUGUGAACCAUGCCCAAGACCAGAAAAUCCUGGGGUUCCGAAGACUCCAGAAGCUUGGAAUAUGUCUGAAUGUGGAGGUCUGUGCCAGCCUGGGGAAUAUUCCACAGAUGGCUUUGCACCCUGCCAGCUCUGUGCCCUGGGCACAUUCCAGCCUGAGGCCGGCCGUACUUCCUGCUUCCCCUGUGGAGGAGGCCUCUCCACCAAACACCUGGGAGCUGCUUCCUUCCAAGACUGUGAAACCAGAGUUCAGUGUUCACCCGGACAUUUCUACAACACUACCAUUCACCGAUGUAUUCGUUGCCCAGCGGGAACAUACCAGCCUGAAUUUGGAAAAAAUAACUGUGUUUCCUGCCCAGGAAAUACUACGACCGACUUUGAUGGUUCCACAAACAUAACACAAUGUAAAAACCGAAGAUGUGGAGGGGAGCUUGGAGAUUUCACAGGCUACAUCGAAUCCCCAAAUUACCCAGGAAAUUACCCGGCCAACACCGAGUGUACAUGGACCAUCAACCCACCUCCCAAGCGCCGCAUCUUGAUUGUGGUCCCUGAGAUCUUCCUGCCGGUGGAGGAUGACUGUGGGGACUACCUGGUGAUGCGGAAAACCUCUUCAUCCAAUUCUGUGACAACAUAUGAAACCUGCCAGACCUAUGAAAGACCCAUUGCAUUCACCUCCAGAUCCAAGAAGCUGUGGAUUCAGUUUAAGUCCAAUGAAGGGAACAGUGCCCGAGGGUUCCAGGUCCCGUACGUGACGUACGACGAGGACUACCAGGAACUCAUUGAAGACAUAGUUCGAGAUGGCAGGCUCUAUGCAUCUGAGAACCAUCAGGACAUACUUAAGGAUAAGAAACUGAUCAAGGCUCUGUUUGAUGUCCUGGCCCACCCGCAGAACUAUUUCAAGUACACAGCCCAGGAGUCACGGGAGAUGUUUCCAAGAUCCUUUAUUCGAUUGCUCCGCUCCAAAGUGUCCAGGUUUUUGAGGCCUUACAAGUGAGCCUGCCCCAUGCCACCCUUGCAGUGUCCAGCCGGGGGCUGGUGGGACACAGCACCUGCUUCUGCAGCCAGCGUGGUUGGACAUUGCUGCCUCCAGUAGCAGUGACUCGUUAGAGUUCAAUUUUUGUAGAUAAUACAGAUAUUUUGGUAAAUUGAACUUGGUUUUUCUUUCCCAGCAUUGUGGAUAGGCACAAGAAUGGUUUGAGUGGCACCUGCUUCUCACUGCUGUGGGCAGACGUGCUGGACACAUCCAGGGCAGGCUGAGAGGACUUGAGCCAGUUUAGGUGAAGCUCACCUGUCCUUGGUCCUUACUGCUCUUCAGCGGGCCUGGGAUGGAAAGGAGGCCACAGAAGGGGCUGCCUGUCUAAAACCUUAGCUUGCUCCAGCUCAGCUUCUCCCUAAGAUGCCCUCUGCACUCAGUGGGGACUCUGGCUAGGCAGAGUAGUGAGGAGGGAGGAUGGGAGUAAGGGAGGAGAGGAGGGAGGACGGGCCCUUUGACCCACUUGAGACCUGGGAAGACUGUAUUUCUUCAGUUUUCUCCUGCCGCUGUGACCUAGGCGCCCUGGAGUUUCAGCUCUAAGUAGUGAGCAUUAAAAAACACUUAAAACAGGAAGAACUAGAAAUAAAAAGAUAAAAAUUAGGUACUUCUACUGAUACAAUACCAUAGACCUAAUGACAACCUUCCUCAUCGCCAGCUUCUACCUUGUCGUGAGUACCCGAGCCAGCUGUGGUGCCCUUGGCUAUGCUUUUAGACACUGUCUGUUCUGGGCACUGAGUUAGGGCUUGGAGUUCAGUCAGGUGUGGAUGGAAUCACCUAGGUCAUGGAAAGGAGAUUCUCAAAUCCUGAGUCAGUACUGCCGAGGGUCCUAUUGGGCUUCCUCCAUCAGGGAGCCCAAGAUGCAGCCUGCAGACCAGGGGGCAUGUUUGCCUCUGCCCCCACCCUCUCCUCCAGAACCCCCACCCCAGCCUGAAAAGUCAGAGGCUGACUCAGCACCAAGGCUUGAAAGGCCUUGUGAAGAGCGUGCCAGUCAGACCCCAGAGCAGCCAGGUCUUGUCACUUCUCGUCUGCAGGGCGGGGCCUCACAAUCAUUUUCUCCCGCAGGAGCUUGAAUUUUCAGUAUUACUGAAUUUAAAAAAAUUUAAAUCCACGGGAAAAAAAUUCUCAUUAAAGCCAAUAAAAAAGUCCUCUCAAACAAGCUGCCAUUUCCCUAGUGAUUAGCCUGUCUCCCUUUAGUGUUCUGUUAUUUUAGUAAACUAAAGUGUGUACAGAGCUGCAGAAUCUCUUUAAAAAAUUCUACAAAUAUUUUUGAAGAAAACAAGGACAAUUUCAUGAUUGUGAACUUAGUUUUCACCUCAGUGGGUUUCUUUUUUAAAACAUUAAUAGCAUUGUCUUUUUCAAAAGCCUCCAUCAAACUUUUUAUUUGGAUGGGUCCUAAAUACCCAUUAUCAAAUUUCUCUGAAAAAAAUAUAAACAUUUUCAAAUUAUUUAAAAUAAGCACAUGGUAUUUAUAAUACUGAAACUUGGCCUGUAUUUCUGAGUCUAACUGUGUGAUGAAAACUCUAAUCUAAUCUAGCCUGAAUGACUGACCAGACUGAUGAGGAGUUGGAGCCAGCUGUUCAGCACUAUCCUGUCUCAGCAUAUUAGUCUCUUUCUGCUCACCACUGCUGAUUUCACAGAAAGGCCAGGAAUGGAAAUACAUGGGUGGGUGGAAGUAGGCUGUGUAAACCUGAUUUUGCUGCCACAUUCUCUGGGAGCAGGCCAGUGCACCAGAGUUGUGGUCCUGGUCCACGCCCCAACCUCUGAGGCCCUCCUGAAACUUCUGAAACUUCCUCCCUCUAUCCACCAAUGAUCCUGUUGGGGUGACUGUGACUACCUGCUAGGUCUGCAAAUAUGGAACACUGCUGUGUGCCAGGCACUGUUCUAGGUCCUCAGUGAGACAGACAAGGUCACUGCUCUCACAGAGCUUAUAUUUUAGAGGGCGGAGACAGACCAAGAACAAACAAGUCAACCCAGAAAAUGUCAGCUAGUGGUAAGUGCCAUGUUUUAAAGUAAAACAAGUUAAUGUCACAGAUGGAUAUGUGGCUGCUUUAGAAUUGUGGACUGUGAGUAGCCUCUCUGGGAAAGUGACCUUUCAACUGAAAACUAAAUGGCAAGAAGGAACCAGACUUGUGAAAAACAGGGACAGAGCAUUCUAAAUAAAGGAAAACCCCAUGCAAAGGCCGCCAGGCAGGAACAAAAGGUGUGUGUGUCACAGACAAGAGAGAAGGCAAGUGGUAUGAGAUGAGGCCAGGAAACCGGACACUUCAGUGUUGGAGUCCAGAAUGGGAGAUUGAUUUAAUUCUAAAUAUGUUGUGAACCUUUGGAGAGAGGUGAAGCAGAAGAGUGGGAUGAUCUGAUUUAUGUUUUUAAAAGAUAGCUCUGUUUACUAUAAAAAGAAUGGAUUUUUGGGAGCCAAGCAUGGAAGCAGAGAGCAGUUAACAGCUAUCACAGCCAGCCACACCAUCAUCCAAGUGGGAGACAGGGUUGAGGGGGAGCAUAGUAGAGGCGAGAGGAGGUGUGGGGACAUUGUGGUGGAAGAAUCAACAGAACUCGCUAAUGAGAAUUGGGUAGAAGGGGAAGGGAAAGACCGUGACUGAAGGUGACUGCUGGUUGCCUGAGCAAAUGGCAGAUGGAGAAAACGGUAGGGGGCAGAUUGGAGACAUGUGACAGUUUUAGAACACGUCCAUGAUUCUUUGAUGCGUCCAUGGGAAGUUGGGGGUCUCCCCUCCCAUUGAAUCUGGGCUCUGUGGUUGCUUGAUUAAUAUUAUAUGGCAAAAGUAACAUUUCACUAGUUUCUAAGCCCAGGUAUUAAGAUACUGGCAAUUUCUACUUCCUUUUCUUGGUAAAUGCACACUGGAAACUCAGUUAUCAAGCCUCCAGGAAGCCAUUACAGCUUGUGAAAAGCUAUGUGGAGAAGAACCAAGGCCCUCACCCACAGCCCAGCUGAGCUCCCAGGUGACAGCUGGCAACACCUGCUAGCUGCCAUGUGAGUGAGCCAUAUUUGGAAUGUAAUCUAGAGCCCCAAGUCAAGCCACCCCAACUGCACAAAGCAGUCCCCACAGAGUAGUGUCAAAAUUACAGACUUGUGAGCAAAAUUCAAAUGACUAUUGUUGUUUUUAAGUCAGUAGGCUUUGAGUUUCUUAUGUAAUAAUUAGAGACUGGAAAAGAAGACCAGGAGUUCAACUUGACCAUUCUGAGAUGCCAAUUAAAUAUCAAAAUGGAAGCGUUCAAAUAGGCAUCUGGGUAUAGGAGAGGUAAGGGCUGAAAUAAUAAUUUUAAUGCUACAGAAUACAGACUUGAGGUCAGUUGAGGUCAACUAAAGAAAGAAUACAGGUAAAAGGGCAGGAAACUGAAUUUUGAGAUUCCCUGAGUGGGUAUAGAAAAUGGGACCAUUUGCUGCUUAUUGAGGAAACAGAAAGAGGACAGAGCUGAAUUUCACCUUUCUAAGAGAGCUAGUUCUAGGGGUAAACUCUGAAUGGGAGUGGAAGCUGUACAAGUCCUUCCUUCCAGCUGUGGAUAUUGUUCUUGAGCCAUUCACUGAAGCUGUGCUGAUGGAUUUAGCAACAUUUCCCUUGAGUUUCCAAUGCUAAUAAAAGAGUGUUUGCCUUUUCACACUAACAGAUGAUUAUCUUCUCUUUGGAAAAUUGCUUCCUCUGAAUCAUUCUCUGAGCUGUUAAGUGUGUCGUCUGUAGGUACUCAUUGGAUUUAGGUUGGCAGGUGAUUUUAAAAUUGUCAUGUGGUAACUCAGAAAAAGCAACAGCUGUGCCUCACAAAGCCAGAACUCACUGCCUUCAGGCUGAUCUUUAUGGAAAGAUGUACCAGGGCUGUUGCCCGCCGCAGACUGUGGCUGUUGAGAGCUAUGCAUUGGGAACCCAAGGACCCACGCUGUGCUCAGCCUCUAUCUACUACUCAGUCCAGAAGAGUUGCCUCUUCCUAGGGCUGUCAGCUUCUCUGCUUCCUUUCAUGCAGCAGGGUGGGUGGUGAGUCUCACCCAGGUAUUGGGUCACCCUUAGCUAGUAUUGAGAGAUUAAUGGAUUAGGUGAGCCUGGAGUAAAGUGGCUCAUCAUCAGGUAGAGAGAGCCUUGUUAUCUGUGGUUUUUCUUGCUAGGAAGACAAGCUGCCUUGGAAUCUAGACCUUGGCCAUGGCUAAUGGAAGCCUGUCACAGGAAAUUUGAAGACUUGGUGAGGUUUCCUUUUCUGUGACAUCUUCUACCUUAGUGUCUUGUGAACCCAGCUUAGGGUUGUCCUGAAUAUUUAUGGUACUCUACUUCUUUCUCCCUUGGAGGGGGGGUGUCCUGAUCAGUCUGCAGAAGACCAUCCUCAGGGAUUUAAUGGCCCAGCAAGGCUGCCCCUGUAAUCAACAGUCACAGAGAUGUAACUACUCAGUAUUGAUCACUUUCUAGAGAACAUAGUAGGCUCAAAAUACAGUAGUCCCCCUUACCCUUGGGGGGUACAUUCCAAGACUCCCAGAAGAUGCUUGAAUUCAUAAAUAAUGCCAUAGUCUAUAAAUACUAUGAUAGUUUAAUUUAUAAAUGGGGCACAAUAAGAGAUUAACAACAAUAACUAAUAAGA